CUCUCAGUUUAACAGAUUCAUCUCGUUCUUACAGGUAAAAAUUGGAAUAAGUAGGCAUAACAAGUUCGUUAUACGUUUUAAAAAAAAUACUUUCUUCUUUGGAAUAACAUUAUAAUUUCUGAUAAUAAAGAACCUUCACCUGAUAUCAAAUCGAUCCUGUCUGUUAGCAAAACGGAUCAAAAUAUCACAGUUUAGAAACAGUAGACUUGUGUCCUCUGAUAUGGAAAAUGGUAAAGCUCUAUUGGGUGCUACCCAAAGUUUGGACAAAAUUGAGUUCUCAAGUGGCCAGCAACAUAGUCUUUCUGUUCGAUCUUCAUCCGAUUCUUGUUACAUCUGUGCUAGGACUGACAGACGAGUGAGUGGUAAAGGCUUAGCAAGAGGAUAUGGAUACGUUCACUCAUUAGAACGAUAUAAAACUACUCAAAUUAAUCUUCUGUCCAAUGGCCAAUGCAGAAGUGAGAUUUGUGAACCAAUAUUUAAAAGUCCGAAAGUCCUAAAACACCUCCAGGUUUUUAAUGGAUCAGAGAAUGGUUUUCCUUUGGUCAGCUUCAAAGACGAGGCUGACCGGGAAGAAGGAUUUCCAAGAGGCAAUGGCCAAACACCUUUCCCUGCUGACCAGACUCGAGAUCUUGAUGGGAGUGUCAAUAAGACAGAAGGGAUUGAACGGGGAAAUUGGACCGGAAAAUAUGAUUUCAUUCUCUCUCUACUUGGUUACUCAGUAGGGCUUGGAAAUAUUUGGCGUUUUCCUUAUCUGUGUUACAGAAACGGUGGUGCAGCGUUUGUUAUUCCUUUCGUCAUCAUGAUGAUCCUUGCUGGAUUGCCUCUGAUGUUCAUGGAGCUGGCCAUUGGGCAGUACGCUAAUCUGGGUCCAGCUGCUCUCUUCGAACGUUUCUGCCCACUGUUUCAGGGGAUCGGAUACGGUAUGGUUCUGGUUUCGUGUACUGUAAUGCUUUACUACAACAUGAUCAUUGCCUGGACUUUGUUCUACAUCUUUGCCUCUUGGUCCAGAAGGUUACCUUGGGAAAAUUGUGAGCCAGAGUGGAGCUCUGAUGCUUGCUACUCCUUUCAAGCCGCUGAUGAAUGCUCCAAACAAAAUGGAACUUAUUACAAUAAAACUUGUGUCGACAAUGAAACAUCAAUGUAUUUGGAUCUUCGAGCCAUUGUUGAAAAUAUGGAAAAGAAAACACCAGCCGAAGAAUAUUUUCUACAUUACGUCCUGGACAUAUCGAGUGGUAUAGAUGACAGUGGUGAGGCUAAAUGGUAUCUAGUCUUGUGUCUUCUCUUAGCCUGGAUUAUAGUCUUCGGCUGUUUGUUUAAAGGUGUACAGACGUCAGGCAAGGUGGUAUAUUUUACGGCACUUUUCCCGUAUUUGGUUUUGGUAAUCAUGUUCAUUCGUGGAGUCACCCUUCCAGGGGCUAAAGAGGGGAUUCUUUGGUAUAUAACACCCGUCUGGAGUCGGUUAAUGAAAGCUCAGGUUUGGGGAGACGCAGCUGUCCAGAUCUUCUUUGCCCUUAGUCCAGCUUGGGGUGGUCUCAUAACCUUGUCUUCCUACAAUCCGUUUUACAACAACUGUUACAAAGACGCUGUAAUAGUAUCUACGAGCAACGUACUGACCAGUAUUUUUGCUGGUUUUGUUAUAUUCUCUGUUAUUGGUUACUUGGCUCAUGAGCUCAACGUAGACGUCGAGCACGUGGUGAAUCAGGGUGCUGGUCUGGCGUUCAUUGUGUAUCCAGAGGUUGUCGCACGAUUGCCAAUUGCACCUUUAUGGGCAUUUUUGUUUUUUAUCAUGUUGUUAACCCUAGGACUUGACAGCCAG